UCCUGACUGGCACGUAACAUGAUAUUAAAGCGGAUUUUUCCAGCAUUAUUGAUAAGUUGGGAAUUUGUAUUAUUUACAUUAGCCCACCUUAACAAAGAAAAUGCAGAAAUAGAGUCGCUUAAAGCAAACCAGUAUCGCGUAGACGAUACAGGGUUGUACGUGAGAAUCCCCGACGCACGAAAUGAGAGCCCCAAUCGAAUAAGCAAAACUUUAACGCGACAAAGUGAACCAGACGAUAACUUCUUGACCGAAUCUUCUUUCAAACGACAUGCAUGUUUGACGGGCCACAGUUUGGAUAAUACGUUUCGCAAUGAUGACUUUAACCAAACUACACUGAAGAGUCCCAAACAAGAUGAUUUUGAGGAGCUUCUCGAUGGAUCUAAGUCAGUCACCUGGAAACACCUAAAAACGUAUCAGAGGAGUUGGGAUGGAUUUUCGGUCUCUGAAGUAUAUCAGCCAAUGUUUCAUUGUGGCAAAGAUGUACUUUCUAUCAAGUUUGCAAUGACCCGACACUCAGAUCCACACCUGAUGAUCCAAAAAGUGGCUGGUUCGCACACACACAAGCAGUGCAGAUGCAUGAAAAGGAGUCAUGGGUCGUCAUUGUUUUUGAGGAUCCUUUUUAAAGAGUGCUAUGUUCACAACUGGAUUAGAGGCGAAAAGAAAUACUUUUCUUCAAGAGUGCUUUACUUUGAUCGCCUUCUCUUGAGGAAUUUGUCUGGCAUCGCCACUUGUCAUGCUAACAUCCUACCUCACAAUAUGCCUUCUACUGAAGCAUCACCUGAAGUUGUUUGUGGAAAGUCAUAUAUGAUUGUGAAAUGGCCAUCCAAGAUGAUAAUAAAUGCCAAAGUGUUUGGUGUGCCCAUGCCUGAAUCCUGCCCAGUCCUUUGGAAAAAUCAACAUAGUGUCUUUGUGAAAAUGAAGCACUCAUCAACUGAGGGCUGUAUUGUCCAGCUGGAUUAUCUUGAUAUGACUGGAGAAGAACGAAAUAUCACUGUGUCCUGUGUUCAACACAAAGUCCGAUUUGAAAGAUCUGUCCGAACACAAAAACGGGACUCAUUUGAUUUUACUACUGCUCCAAGUAUUGUCACUACCACAGAAUUUAAAGUUCCACCUGGUUUAAAAAUGGGUGAAGAUUUGUAUUUUAGGUCAGAUUUAAAUUUGGAUAAUUCUGACAUGUGGGAUGUUUAUGUCAUUCCUACAGUUUCUCCCCAUCCGCUUGAUGAAAUACUUACAACCAACACACUAGCAAGUACCUCUAAACAGCCAGACUUAAUCACUGAAUUUGUGAGUUCUACUGGGGAAGCAGAUGUAGAUGUUUGGCCAGGUUUUGAUGAGUAUUAUCUAUGGGACCUUAUUCCCACAGUUCCUUCUAAGGUACUUAAAGAAACAACCCAUGAGACCUUUACAGCAUCAAGCAGACCUUUUCAGUCAAACGCUGCUACAUGGGCAAGCACAACCAAAAGCAUUGUAGAUACUUCUCGUGUCACUGGUGCUAAGGAUGAAUAUGAUUUUGGGGUGAGGUUCUCAGUUGUGCCACGGGUUUCAUGGAAACCUGAAGCUGUGACAUCAGUUCAAGAUAUGACACCUACUAAAGCACCAGCCAUUACUGAGACAAUGUCUUCACCCAAAACAUUUGUUGAACCUACUUCUGAAGCACUUACCUUACCUGAAACUUUGCCUGUUUUUGUAACAGAUGUAAAAGUCACCAAUGCAAUGUCCCCUAUCACAGCCUUGGAGGAGUUUUGGUCAUUUGGUGCUUCAACAAAAGAAAUUACAUUGGAUUUUGCUCGCUCAGUUAGCACCCCAGAUGUUAUAUUGCAACCUUUCGCACCUGCAGUCAUGAUUACUGAAGCACCAGCCAUUACAGAGACAAUGUCUUCACCCAAAACAUUUGUUGAACCUACUUCUGAAGCACUUACCUCAGCUGAAACUUUACCUGUUCUUGUAACAGAUGCGAAAAUCACCACUGCAAUGGACACUAUAACAACUUCGGUAGACUUUUGGCCAUUUGAGGCUUCAACAAAAGGAAUAACAUUGGACUGUGCUCCCUCAGUUAGCAAACCAGAUGUUAUAUUGCAACCUUUCACACCUGGAGUGAUGGUUACUGAAUCACCAGCCAUUACUGAGACAAUGUCUUCAACCAAAACAUUUGAUGAACCUACUUCUGAAGCACUUACCUCAGCUGAAACUUUACUUGAUCUUGUAACAGAUGGGAAAAUCACCACUGCAAUGGACACUAUAACAACUUCGGUAGACUUUUGGCCAUUUGCGGCUUCAACAAAGGGCAUUACAUUGGAUUGUGCUCCCUCAGUUAGCACACCAAAUAUUAUAUUGCAACCUGUCACACCUGCAGUGAUGGUUACUGAAGCACCAGCCAUUACUGAGACAAUGUCUUCACCCAAAAUAUUUGAUGAACCUACUUCUGAAGCACUUACAUCGGCUGAUAAUUUACCUGAUCUUGUAACAGAUGGGAAAAUCACCACUGCAAUGGACACUAUAACAACUUCGGAAGACUUUUGGCCAUUUGCAGCUUCAACAAAAGGAAUUGCAUUGGAUUGUGCUCCAUCAGUUAGCACACCAGAUGUUAUAUUGCAGCCUUUCACACCUACAGUGACGGUUACUGAAGCAACAGCCAUUACUGAGACAAUGUCUUCACCCAAAACAUUUCUUGAACCUACAUCUGAAGCACUAACCUCAGCUGAAACUUUACCUGUUUUUUUAGCACAACAUCAGUUUCACUGGAAACAUACACGACUGCUGGAGGAACCACCUCAGCUGAAACUACACCUGUUGCCACAGAUGGUAGUAGUACAACUGAAGAAAUACCAUCUGCAACCACUCCUUUAG